AUGCGCGGGCCUGGGACUAUGCAAGCUGUCCUGUGCAGCCUGGCCUUCAUGGCUGGAGUUGCGGCCGAGGAAGAUCCGGACUAUGACCCAUCCUUAAACUUUCGAUCAAAUAGUGUGACCUUCAGCAUCCUCGACUUCUGGGUAGGAUCAUACUAUAACGGUCCCACAAACGUGGAAUUCAGCCCAGCACCUAUAAUGUUGGCAGUGAAUGCUUUCUUCACCAUGUGGCCCAACAACUUCAAUUUCUCCAGAUUACCUGGUCCAAGCUGGGAUGGAUUACAAGAAGACGCUUCGUUGAAGUUCGCUAUGUUUUCGUCGGAUCCUAACUACCAGGUGGACGGCAAGGCGGUUAACAACUUCAACUGGACACUCAAUCCAACCCAAGGCCCACCGUACAGUUUAUCAAGCACCCUCACAGAGUAUGACCCACAAGGGGGCGGGGGCUCCAACUUGGCCAGUUGCAACGGAAGUGACCCCAUGGAGUGGAACUUAUUUCCGGCUCCCUGGACUGUCAAUGGAAAUGGACUUUACCUGCCUGAUCCGGUGCUGGAUCUUCAAUUUGAUGGGAAAACCGCUAACCUCUCCUUGAAUGGCUAUUUCAUCGGCUAUGACACGGUUAAGGAAGGUACAAUGACUUCUACUGAUGGGAUGCUUGUAGUAGGAGGGAUUAAAGUAUCCUUUUUGGGCGUCCUUGAUGCCUAUCAUUCAGAUGUCCUAGCCAACAACACUGCUACACCGACUUGGCUGCGCACUGUGGGAUUUCAAAAUAAUUCCUUGAAUGUUGGGUACACCAGCACAGCAAGCAAUGUAUCAAGGGGAAAAUUGGUAUUGGCUACUACGGUUGCCCUGACACCCAAUUCCAGGGUCCGGCUGUGCCCGGGCUCGUGGGCCCCACUGCUAGGACUGUCUAGCCCAGCGCCACAGCCCCUAUUGAUGCUAUACGGGCAUUGUAUGGCAUGGUAA